UCCAAAUUCUAAGAUGAAGUUAUGGAAAGGCGCCAGUUUUGUCUUCAUGCUGUGUGCUACGUUACUGUUCCUCCUCCUCACUAGAAACAUCCUGGUUACUACUGGACCUGCAAGACUUCAACCUAGGAUAGCGUUGUCGUCAUCAUCUUCAUCAUCACCAUCAUCAUUAUCGUCAAAACCAUUGUCACUAUCAGUGACAAAGCCAAUACCACCACCACCACCACCAUUAUCUUCAGGAGCAUUAUCAUCAUCAUCACCAUUAUUAUCAUCAUCAUCAUCGUCUUCCUCCUCAUCCAGGAUGAAGGCUGGGCUCCACAGAACAGUGCGGGCUGUAGACACCAUCAGCUCUCUCCUCUCCCAGUUCUCCCACCUUCUCCAGAGCUUCACCGAGGGAGAACUGAAGAAGGUGAUCGGGACUCUGAUUGACAGGAGUAGCAAGAGGAGCGGCAGGAACAGUAGAGAGGAGAGCCAGGAGAGCUCCUCCCAGACGACUAAGGGAGCUAAGAGUGGGCGCAGGAAGAGGUUAAAGCCGUGCUCUUUGCGGGAGGUGGAGGUGACUGUGGGGGAACUGGGGCUGGGCUACGACAGCGACGAGACUCUCCUCUUCAGGUACUGCAGCGGCAGGUGCACCGCGCGCCGACGACGCAACUAUGACAUCGCCCUGGAACACACGAGGAGGGCUGGGCUCAUUAAAAAGGGGCGGAGAGACAAGGUGCAGUACAGCCCGUGCUGUCGGCCUAUCGCGUACGAGAAGGAUAUUUCCUUCCUGGAUAACAACAGUCGAUACCACACGGUGCAGGAGGUGUUGGCACGUGAGUGUGGCUGUGCGUGACCCUGGGGGAGGUGUGUAAACGUUUAAUAACGACCACAUCCUCUGAACCACCAAUG